AGCACUCACGAGACGAAAGGAGAGGCAGAGGAAAUAGCCGAUUACCUCGUCCCCUUGGAUUCCUUUGAGGGCCGAUGGGGAUCUGCAGCUCGUUCGAGGCGGUGGCGGUGGCGCCGGCGGCGACGGCGAAGGUGGUCCUCCCAGGCGGCGAGCUCCGGGAGUACGACCGGCCGGUGAGGGUGGCGCACGUACUCCAGAAAGACCCCACGUUCUUCGUCUGCGAUGCCGACGUCAUGGAGUUCGACGGGUUCGUCUCUGCCAUCGGCGUUGAUGAGGAGCUCCGGCCGGGGAACCUCUACUUCCUCCUCCCGAAGACAAUGCUGAGGCACCCGCUCCACGCGGAGGACCUGGCCGCGCUCGCCGUCCGCGCGAGCGCCGCGCUCAUGAAAGCGGCGCCCGCCAUGGAUUGGCUCCGGCGGGGAGCGGUGGCGGCGCCGCUCGUGUUCGACGUCGGGACCGGGGAGGGCGUGGCGGUCGGCGGCAGGGUUUCGGCGGCGGAGGAGGAGAAGAGGAGGUACCCUACUAAAAGGGGGCGUGGCAUCGGUCGUAAAUUUAUGCCGGAUCUGAGUGCAAUUACAGAGUAGAAAAAUCGUGGAGGUUUCUUCUGGCCUUUUUUUAACCUCUGUCCCCUGGGGUGCGAAAAGCACCGAGCUUGGGCUGGACGAUCUAGACCGUCGAAAUCUACAUCCGGAGUUCUGAAUGGCGAUCAGGAAACAAACGUCGAUCGAGAGAUCUGGGUUUGGACGGACGGGAUUCGAUCGGUGAAGAUGAGAUGAUGAUGACAAACGCGGAAAAUUUAGGGCAGGAUCGUUCCGCGGGACAGCUAGCGGACGUCAAUUUUGACAUCGAAUGUAAAGAAAUUAAUGUAAUUAAGGAAGUUAAUUAAUUAUGUAAACAAGAUAAUUAUUAAAACUAUUCAUCUCUAGAAGUUCGUUUAUCUGAAA